AUGGAGGUAAGCUCAACAAUUAAGAAACAAGAGAUUCCUCGAAACCCAACUUUUCUUGCUAUUGUUAUACCAUUCUUUUUUCUUGACUCCGCCACAGACUCCAACCUUGCCUCAGCACCAGUUGUCAGUGGUCUUCACUCCAGUGGUCUUGAGCAGGUGCGCUACUGGCGCUCUGUAGCCACUGCAGCAAGAGCCGAGGCUGCAGGCCAGAGAUCAAGGGCCCAUAGUCUGGCCGCAGAGCUCGCCCACCUACGUUGUGAUCUCGACAUGGCCGAACUUGAAAUCGGCUUACUUUGGCAGCGACUGGCCAGCUCACAGGCUGAUCUGGCCGAUUGUCACGCAGUUCUGACCGCUUCUCUCCGGUUAACCCAGAAAAAGCAACAAUCCUUGCCGAUCCCCAUUUCCUUGUCUAGUGCGCUACCGCAAAUCAAGCUAGCUGAGGCGGGAUUAAGGCCCCCACAGUCAAAACUUUGGCCGGAGUUCGAGCCGUCUCUAAGCACAAGGACGUUAUGCAAUCCCAGUUGCAAUCAAUCGAGGGGUUCGCAAAUGCUACAGACCGAGUUGCCACCUUAA